AGAGAAGGCUGAUGAGAAUUAAAGGCUUGUCUCAAGAGGUGACCUCCAAGGAUAUGCUGCGCACCCUCUCCCAGGCUAAGAAGGAAUGCUGGGACAGGUUCCUGCAGGAGAAGUUUGAGUCUGAAUUUUAUGUAGAAGGACACGACUCUGAUGAAAGCACGCUAGAACAUCUAAAGCGAUGGCUGCAACCUGAUAAAGUGGCGAUCAGUACCGAGGAGGUACAGUACCUCAUCCCUCCAGAGCCUCAGCCAGAGAAGCAGGAGGCUGAGGAAGAGCCUCCAGCCACAGAGCAGUGA